UCUCUCUCUCUCUCUUCAAACUUCAUUGUUCAUGCUCCUCUAAACUGGCUUCCGAUUCUCACUUACAAGCCACAACCCUCCCCCUUUGGUCCCACUGAUUCCUUGUAAUUUUCUAAUUUCAUGGAGUUUUUUUGAUAAAUCAGCAUGCAGGGAGUUCGAUUUCUUUGAUUUAGCUUCCUCGAUCUUCGUUUUUGAAGCUCUAAUCUGCGAGAUCUGUGAUUUUGUUCAUUAAUCUCUGUGUGUGUGUGCGCUUAGGGUUUUCGAAAUUUACUUCCAUGGAUAUCAGAGAGCAGGAGAAGGAAGUAAUAAUACCUGCGGCUUCCGUCGGUGGUGGUUACGCUCAUAUUUUUGGGGAAACCUCGUCCGGAGGAGUCGUCGACCGGAGAAUAGAGUCGAUUCAUAAUGGCUCUCAUCACCAUAUCCAAACCGACCUCCACGAUGCCGACUGUGUUGCGGCUACUACAGAGAACAUUGGCAACGGCGGCGGCGGCGGCGGAGGUAGCGGCGGAGUUAGCGGCGGAGGCGGAGGCGGAGGAGGAGGAGGAGGUAGUUUUUCAUCUGGCGGUAGAUCCAAGGCGCGGGGGGCGGGUGCUGGAGUUAGGUAUAGAGAAUGUUUGAAGAAUCACGCGGCGAGCGUUGGGGGGAAUAUAUACGAUGGAUGCGGAGAGUUUAUGCCAAGCGGAGAAGACGGAACCCUAGAGGCUCUAAAAUGCGCCGCUUGUGAAUGUCAUCGGAACUUCCACCGGAAAGAAAUCCACGGCGAGAGUCAAUUAAACAUCAGUCCUAAUUACAGAAGAGGACUAAUGCUCAACCAUCUCCAACUUCCUGCGCCAUUGCCGUCCCCUUCCGCUCUCCACGGCCACCAUAAAUUCUCCAUGGCAUUGAACCUCCAUUCCAGUCCUAAUGCUCCAAUCAUCGCUCCAAUGAACGUCGCCUACGGCGGUGGUGGCGGAACCGAGUCCUCCAGCGAGGAUUUGAACGUUUUCCAUUCGAAUGCCGAGGUGAUGCCGCCGUCUUCGUUCUCCCUCAAAAAGCGGUACCGUACAAAGUUCACACAAGAACAAAAGGAUCGGAUGCUGGAGUUCGCCGAGAGAGUCGGAUGGAGGAUUCAAAAGCAAGACGAAGAAGACGUCGAACGAUUCUGUAGCGAUGUGGGAGUGAAACGGCAAGUCCUCAAAGUCUGGAUGCACAACAACAAAAACACAGUGAAGAAGCCGAACGAAAAUCACGAACCUGAACCCGCCGCCGUCGCCGCCGCCGUCGCCGUCGACGUCGGCACCUGCACCGUCGUCACAAGUGAAUCGUAAGCCAAUGCCAGAAAAAGAAGGUAAGAAUCACGUAAAAUUAAUUAGGGGAAUAUAAAAGUUUUAUAUUAAUUCAAAGAAUAUUAAGACAAUUUCAUGUCCGACAGACCUUUUGUGAUUCUUCCUCUUAAUUAAUUUUAAUCCCUCAAUUAUUUAUGGUUU